GAGGGAGGAAGUGGGAGGUUUGGUUUGUUUUUGGCUGCCGUGGGAGAUGGCGUGAGAUCACCAGGAUCAAUCUGACGCUUGUCUGUGUCCCUUCACCGCUCUCUGUCUGCUAGCUCUGUCCAAGCUGACAGGCAUCGACAGCUUGUGUUCUUCUUUCAAGCAAUAGGCUCAGGCCCACAUCGAGCGAGCACCAUCCACCCAUGCAUCCUUCUCGAUCGUCCAACUAAAACCUAAAGCCGCGCUGUCCCUUUCCAGUACUCUAGCUCCUUCCAUGUACCUUGCAGUCCAGUGCACAGCUUCUGUGUUUUGCUUUUCUCCACUUCCUGGACACUACAAUGUGAUAGCUGAUGUCUUGUCCAUGUCUCAGCUGGGGUCUUCGCCUUGGGUAGGAGGGAAAGCAGCAAGUUAGGCGCCCCGAGAUCCGAGUGUAAGGAGUGGUGCUUUUUCUUUCAUGCUCUUUGCUUUCAUAUCUCUCUGAAAUAGAAAUGGAAAUGGAAAUGGAUGGCGGUGGUUUAAGGCUUUGGAGGUGUGGUGGUGGAUUUUGGUGAUAGAAUUAUGUGCUUUGGAUGGCCAGACAUUUUGGAAGCAGGAGGAACAGGACGAGUACAAGCAUCAGCAUCGCCAUCGCGUGUCGCCAGUUUUGCGGCAAGAGGAGGAGAAGAAGCUACAAGGUAAGGCAACAAACAGCGCAAGUCGAUUAGAGAUUGGUUUGUAAGAUCACUGAAAACUGGAAGAGGGAGGUGGGAAGGAGGAGAAGGAUCUGGAUCCGAGGAGAGCUCUGCGUCUUCAAGGUCCAGCAGGCGCAAAAGAAAGCGAAGACUCGGGAAAGGCACAGGAGCUCCAAGCACCGGCAAGGCCGCCGCUUCGUGGCUUCCAACUCCAAUUCCACUUCAAUAAUCAAAAUUACCCUUCCUUUUGGGGGUCGACGUCUUCUUCUUUAGCUGCUGCCACGGCUUCCUCUUCCGAGUAUGCCUGCCUUCCUGAACGGAUGGGGGAGGGCGACGGCCUCGGCUACGGCCAGCUGUCCUUCCUCCACCACCCGCCGCCGCGGCUGCCACAGACGCGGUCGAGGUGCGGAAGCAGGGUGAAGGGCGCGGCGGCGGGGGAAAUCGUGGAGGCUCAGGGCGGCCAUGUCGUGCGCGCUACCGGUCGCAAGGACCGCCACAGCAAGGUGUGCACCGCCAAGGGACCUCGCGAACGUCGUGUGCGCCUCUCCGCCCACACUGCCAUCCAGUUCUACGACGUACAGGACCGGCUCGGUUACGACCGCCCAAGCAAGGCCGUCGAUUGGCUAAUCAAGAACGCCAAGGCCGCCAUCGAUGAGCUCGCUGAGCUGCCGACCUGGAUCCCCACCGCCACUGUUGCUGUCGCCUCCUCCCACCCACCUUCCAAUAAUCAAGACGCCGUCACCGAGGACCCUGCCGACGCUGCUACCGCUUUUAACUUGGCCAGGGGCGGCGGCGGAGGAAAUGUAAGUACCAGUUUUCUUCCUUCGUCCAUGGACACCGACUCCAUUGCCGACACAUUCAAAUCCUUCUUCCCGACGGCUGCAACUCCCGCCGUUACUUCGCCGCCAUCUAGCUCUUCCAUCGGCUUCCUGGCCUACUCUUCCGAUCUCCCUCCGCGAGCUAGCAACCAAAUCAAUGACCUACGCCUCUCGCUCCAGUCCUUCCAAGAUCCAAUUCUUCACAAUCCGGAGCCCGCCCACCACCACGGCCAAUACCACUACAGCUCAGCUCAUUUCCUACCCUCCGCGCAACUGGCCUUCGAGGCCGCAGCCUCCGCUAGUUGGGCCCAACAGGGCCGGCGCAUUGUUCCAUGGAAUGUGGUGGAGGCGAGCGGCGGUAGCGCUGGAUACGUUUUCAGCUUUCCGCCACCGCAGGCUGUGCCUCUGCACUCUGCGCUCGGCCACAACCAACUUGAUUCUCAGAGGGGACCCCUUCAGUCCACCAACGCCCGCACUGUCCGCGCCUGGGCCAGCCCUAUCGAUGCCGCGACCGACCACCAGAUGCAACCUCCGCCGAUGUCCUCAAUCGGAUUCGCAUCCGGUGCUGGCUUCUCAGGGUUCCGGAUUCCAGAGCGGUUUCAGGGCAAAGGGGAGCACGACGGCGCCGCUGAAAAGCCGCCCUCUUGUUCCUCUUAAUUCUCGCAACUGACAGAUUAGUAAGAAGAGGAGACGGCCACCGAUCUGCACCUCCCUGUGACAGGAUUCUCUUUGCUGCAAAAGGUUGGAACCGCCAACCUAGCGGCCCCCUUAACCCGGCCCUAUAAGUAUGAGAGGGAGUAAAUCAUGAUGAAUACGGGCCCAAUUCAUCGUGUCCAGCUAUGACAUGACGGUCUCAGACAGGAUUCUCUUUGGCUUCAGUGCUUGGUGGCUGCCUCUCCUCUCUCUGUCAUUUGCUUCAAAUUCUUGUACGAACUGCAAAAACCUUCACUCCCGUCUUGUCAUGUUUGAUCUUUCAUCUUGAGAUCUUCAGUCUUGUCGUGUUUUUAUUCUGGCUAAGCCAAAAGAGAGCUGCAGUGAAAUGUUUGUUAUAUUUGGAAAUGUUUUUUCUUCUCAGAUUUGCGUUUGCAAGGUAUAAAAUAUGUAGCUGUCCGUUUGGAUUUAGAUAAAUUGUCAUGGUGACAAGGAGAUGGAUGCUGACUCUGUAAGAUG